UGGAAGCCGGAAGGCGCAACUGCAGACACUUCUAAACCAAAGCCAAAGCCAAAGGUUGCAGCAAAAGCUCUGCCUGAAAUGAUGGAAGAGGAUGUCAUCCCUUCACUCAAGGCAACUCUAGAAGCUCAGCAAGAUAUCUCCGAGCUCGAGCUUUCCUUCAAUGAGAACAAGUUGGAAGGCUCUUUCGUGAAGAAGGAGAUACCUUAUUCAUUCUGGGCAUUUUUCCCAGAUGGGACUCUCAAUGGACCCAAGGGUUUCUCCAUAUCCUCAUAUGGUAGAGGAGUUAGCACUGUGGAGCCCUUUCUUGUUGAUGAGAAGAAGCCUACAUCAAAACAUGUUGUCUUUUGGGUUGAGAAGCGUUUGGCUGCUCAAGGCAUAAUCCCUGUCUGGCAAGACUGGUGAUCAAUUUUUUUGAAAUGUAAAUCAAAUUUCUUCUUCAUCAUAUCUUGUUUCCAUGCUUGAACAUUAACAUAGAUGCCAAAAUUCAAUGUAUCUUCACCAAGCAACUCAAUGCAAAAAUCAUCUGACAAGUCCUCAUC